ACAAGGAUACACGAGUUGGGUAGGCUUAUGACAUUGAGUAGAUAUUUCAAUAUACAUUUUAGUUAAUUUGAUAGAAUAAUUGGUCUUGGUGGUCUUGGUCAUAUAGCAGUAAAAUUGGCUGCCGCUAUGGGAGCUCAUGUUACUGUUCUUGCUUUAUCAGAAUCGCAGCGAGAUGAUGCCAUUCGACUUGGAGCCAAAGAAUUUAUUGUGUCCAAUGAUCAAGAAAAAUUAAAGGAAGUCGAAGGUACACUUAAUUUUAUUAUGGAUACAGUACCGGCACCUCAUAAUGUUUCUGUUCUGCUCGGUUUGCUUGCAUUUCAAGGUGUAUUUUGCAUGAUUGGUAUAUCAUCGAAACCAUUUGAAAUAGCUCCACUCGACUUUAUUCUUAAACGUCUAACAAUUUAUGGAGCUCUUAUUGGUGGAAUGAAAGAAACUCAAGAAAUGUUAGAAUUUUGUGGUCAACAUCAAAUAACAUGUGACAUUGAAAUGAUUGAAGCAACACCCAGCAUGAUUAAAUUGGCUUAUGAACGAAUGCUAAAAGGUGACGUCACGUAUCGUUUUGUUCUUGACAUGAAAAAUGCAUUCAAAUAA